AUGGUAGGUUGGGAAGGCCCGUCUUCUGCACUAGAAGGAACAGGUGGAGGUGGUGGCGGCUCUUCUUGUCGAGGGGGAGAAGGAGCCACCUCUACUUCUGAGACUGGUUGCCUCGUAGGUCAGGACGAGUCUCCUGGAACUUCUCCUGAAUCCCGCCCUGGUGUCUGUGAUGCCGCGGUUAUCUUCAUUUCUCAUACCUUCCGGGAGACUUCUCUUUUUCGCUUCCGGCUCUCAUUUGUGCCUUCGCCUCCAGCCAUUUCUACACAGAAAAAUAGCAUUGAUCCCUAUAUCGCCAGCCUUCAACGCAAUAAUAUUCGUGAUCUCCUGAGUCAGUUUGAUAGCCUUGACUUCGCACAGGUAUCCCGGUUACGGGUAACUUGUAGUUAUAUUUCAAAUCCAAGCCUCCAGAGGCAAAAAAAUCCUCAAUCUGUCCCAGCCGCAAAUGGCACAACAGCUCCCGAUGCCCUGCCAAGGUCUUUGUCACCACCUCCAUCAACAGGACUAUCACUAGGAUCUAGACCACCUCCACCACCAAUACUUGGAUCAUUACCCUUUCCUCAGCCUCCCAUGACAAAUGGUCCUAGGCCUAUGCCUCUUGGUGGAACCCCACCUGCCCCACCACCUCCCCCUGGUGGCAGUGGAACAAUGGCAAAUUUCACUCAUAGUGCUCAGGAGGGCAAGCCUCCAACGCCUCCACCAAGUUUUUCUAGCCAACAGAUGUAG